AUGUCUCCGUUCCUAGGUGAACGGCCGGUGUACGGCACGACGAUCCGCAAGAACAACGGCUAUGAUGCCGACAGCUUUUCCUACUAUCCGGUUUUGAUCAUUGGUGCCGGCGAGUCCGGUAUUGCUAUGGGCUGUCGUUUGAAAGAGGUUCUAGGUUUUGACCAAUUUCGCAUCUUCGAAAGACAGUCAGGCAUUGGAGGCACAUGGUGGAUUAAUCGGUAUCCAGGGGUUGCUUGUGAUGUGCCGGCUGUCUUCUACAGCUUCUCCUUCUGCCGGAAUCCAAAGUGGAGCACCUUUCACCCCGAGGGUCCAGAAAUCGUCAGAUAUCUGCAAGAUGUCUGUGAUCAGUACGAAAUAGUCGACAAGAUACAACUCAACACCGAUGUCAGAGGAUGCCGUUGGAUCGAAUCAGAGAAGGUUUGGGAGGUGACUUUACAACAUUUGGUAUCUGGCGCUGGAGAUCUCAGCGAACACGACAGGGCUCAAAAGAUCAAGGAGCAAGGCGCGGAAUCCGUCUAUGUGUACGAAGAAGUCGUGAGGGCAAAAAUCGUUGUGAGCGCCGUCGGCGGAUUGGUGGAGCCAAAGGUGUGGCCUGAGAACAUCCCAGGGAAGGAGAAAUUUGCCGGUCAAAUAUUCCACUCUGCCAGGUGGAGAUACGAUGUAGACUUGAAGGGCAAGGACGUUAUAGUCGUGGGGACUGGAUGUUCUGCUGCCCAAUUUGUCCCUCGAUUGACUAAAGAAUACGGCGCUAAGUCCGUAACUCAACUUAUGCGAUCACCUCCUUGGGUGGUUCCCCGAAUAGAGCCCCCACUUGGGGAAGAGGCUUGGGGGAAGUGGGUCCCAUGGCUCAACAAGAACAUCCCUGGUUUCAAUUUAGCCAUCCGCACAUCUGUGUUCUUGGUGGCAGAAUACGACUGGCGAUUGUUCGGAUCCGACGAGUACCACAAGAAGGAACGCAAGAAGUAUGAAGAUGAGCUUCUACAACAUAUGCGAAAAACAGUCCCCAAGAAGUACCACGAGAUCUUGACGCCGAACUAUGGCGUCGGAUGCAAGAGGAGAAUUUUUGACGCCAGCUGGUUCCCCGGUCUCAACGAUUCUAAUAUCGAACUUACCACGCUCCCUCUCACAAGUAUAGGAGAACAUACCGUAACCCUCGGUCCUGGCCGCACAUAUCCUGACAUUAAGGAAAGCACCAGCACCGUCCCUACCAACGAAGUGACCAUACCCGCCGACGUAAUAAUCUUAGCGAAUGGGUUCGAAACCACUGGGUGGCUCCAUCCGCUUGAUAUCACUGGCCGAGACGGUCAGAAGCUGCACGAUGUCUUUGACGAGCGUGGAGGUCCCCAGAUGUACAUGGGCAUGGCCAUGGAUGGAUUUCCCAACUUCUUCACCAUAUUUGGUCCCAAUACCGCCACAGGUCAUUCAUCCGUGAUUCUCGCCUCGGAGAACAUGAUAAACCUAAGCCUGAAGUUCAUCAAGCCUAUUCUCCAAGGAGAUGUUGAGCUGACCGAGAUUAAAAAGGAGGCAGAGAUUGAGUGGGCACGGGACACCCAAACUGCGCUCAAGAAGCGGGUUUGGAGUACUGGUGGAUGCGGUAGCUGGUAUAAGACCGAAGAGGGUUGGAACUCUACCGUAUACCCAUAUACCCAAAUCUGGUUUGGUCUCCGCUGCAUGUUCCCUACAUGGAGUGAUUGGAACAUCUCGUAUACUCGCAAAGGACUGAGGAAGAAGAGAACCAAGACCUUCCUCAGGUACCUGGUAUACUUUGCGGCCAUCGCUGGCGCUGUGAAUCUACAACGGCGUGGCCAAACUGCUGCAGGCGUGAAAGCGCUUCUGAGGAGCUAUGCUAGAAAACUACUAUUUAUUGGUGCCGGUACUUUGCAGAAGGCUGCAGAGAAAGUAUGA